ACACUCACUCAGUCUCUGCUCUCUGCUGUAUGAUGAUGUCUGUGCUGGUUGUUGGCCGCCUGCUGCUGCUGCUCGCCUGCCUGGCUCUGCCUCUGUAUGGCGUGGAAAAGGUGAGAAAUAGAGGAUACCGAAAGGAUCCCGACGCAGACAAGUUCGGCAGCUGCAUGCAGGGGCCAGGAGGCCCCACUGGCAGAGAAGGCAACCCUGGGGCCAACGGCAUUCCAGGGACGCCGGGCAUCCCUGGCCGCGACGGGUCUAAAGGUGAGAAAGGCGAGUGCAUCAAUGAGAUCUUCGAGGAAUCCUGGAAGCCCAACUACAAGCAGUGUGCCUGGAACUCUCUGAAUUAUGGAAUCGACCUGGGUAAAGUGGCAGACUGUACGUUCACCAAGAUGCGUUCAGACAGUGCCCUCAGAGUCCUCUUCAGUGGCUCCCUCAGACUCAAGUGUAAGAACGCGUGCUGCCAGAGGUGGUACUUCACCUUCAACGGAGCCGAGUGUACUGGACCCCUGCCCAUAGAGUCAAUCAUCUACUUAGACCAGGGAAGCCCAGAGCUGAACUCAACCAUCAACAUUCACAGAACGUCCUCAGUUGAAGGCCUGUGCGAGGGCGUUAAAGCCGGGCUGGUAGAUGUGGCCGUGUGGGUGGGGACCUGCGCUGACUACCCAAGAGGUGACGCAUCUACAGGCUGGAACUCAGUAUCCAGGGUCAUCAUUGAGGAACUGCCUAAAUAAAGAAAAGGAAACAGUCGUGGCAGUGUAGUACGUUUUCUGGCCCUCCAAAAUGAUCAGGUGUGGUUUUGCUGGGAUGUCCCAGCAUCACUGAUUGUAACUUGAAUGUUUUUCUUCUCUUUUAUCUUGCUGGAGUAUGACACUAGAUGACAAGCCUACAAACAGGAAUACUGUGUCAUUCUGUCCACCAGAAAUAAACAUUGUACUGUAGCUUCUCUUCUUGUGGGUGCUGUUACAUUCCAGAAACCGAUUAACAGACUUUGUGAUAAGACAUCGACAAUAUUUGAACUAUUUACUCAUAUGACCUGUUCAAAUUGUUACUGUUAAUAAAACAAUCCUUUUUGUAAAGAA